AUGUCCAAAUUCGACCUCUCACCAGUCGAUCUGCUAUCGCCAACGAUAGAAGCGACCAUACUCAGUGGGGCGUCCGGACUGCUGGCGCAAGCAUUCACGGCAUACAAGCAGCAGCAUUUCUCCCUCGAUCUGAUCCAGAUUCUUCAAUUCAUCGUCUUCUCCGCCAUCACGACACCACCGAAUUAUGCCUUCCAGUACUUCCUCGAAGCCUCAUUUCCUGCCAGAACUGCAAUCGCCCCAGAGAAGCCUCAAGCCAAAGGCAAGGACGAGAAAAUAGCGCCAGUGCAAGACCGCCUGAGUAUCCGCAACACCAUCAUCAAGUUCUUCUUGGACCAAAGCAUAGCGGCCACAGUGAAUACCGCAAUGUAUAUCUGCUUGAUGGGUGGCAUCAAAGGACAUAGCUAUGAGUUCAUCAUGGAUGACCUUUACAGCAACUUCUGGUCACUCCUGUUUGCGAGCUACCGAUUCUGGCCUUUUGUUUGUCUGCUGAACUUCGCGGUCGUCCCGAUGAGGUAUAGGCCAUAUGUUGGCACGGCGGCUGGCAUGAUUUGGGGUAUCUUUUUGAGUCUGCGGCACAACCAAUUGGCUUGAAUAGAUCACUUUGGCGUGUAUAGAAUGGGCAUCUUCAUCGUAUGGCAAAACGCGCCGCCAUUGCGCUUCUCCUUUCUCAAGUCCGGCGCAUCAUUUCUGAGCUGGUCACGUUAUCUCCGCACAGGUUGCGCGUGGUGUUCCCACCUCUGAUGAUGGAGAUGGUCGGUGGUGGUUGCUCAGUG